UACGAAGUUGUACUGCCCAGUUUACCCUGCUUGCGUAACAGACUGGCAGCUCCUCUUCCGCCAGCCGCCAGCGCUGGGACGCUACGGUAACUGUUUGGUAUGCGGUCCUGCUUUGCCCUUCCUUGCCUGUGACCGGACUUUAAAAUCAGCUGUAGAGAAAAGUCUACCAGAUCAAUCCAAGGAGCUGAAUAUUCUUCAAGAGGAACACGGCAAGUACAUGAGUGGGGCUCGGUCUGAAUUCCAAGGGCUCUAAUCCACAGAAGAACUACUUUUGCCGAGUACGGAUCGUCUGCCCCACGCUGGAAAUGACAGAGGCCAGCAUCCUCGUCUUCCGUGCCUGCCUGGCGCUGCUUGCCAUGCCCAUCUACCUGCUAUCGUUCCUGGGCAUAUGGGAGCCUUUCUGCAGGAAGGUAUUUUUUCCUUUCUUCUUAGAGAAGAUUUCUGCAAUUCAUGAGCGCAAAACAAAGAAGCAGAAACAGGAGCUAUUUCGUAAUCUGCCUGACUUCGCGAGCCCCUCAGGAGAGCUGAAACUGCUGGAGAUCGGGACCGGCUGCGGUGCUAACUUCCAGUAUUACCCACCAGGCUGCAAAGUCACCUGCACUGACAUAAACCCCAACUUCCAGCAAAGCCUUUUGAGAAGCAUGAACAAGAACCAACACGUCCACUACGAGAGUUUCCUGGUAGCUGCAGGAGAAGACCUGCACGAGGUGCCCAGCGGUUCUGUGGACGCAGUCAUCUGCACCCUGGUCCUCUGCUCUGUGCACAGCGUGAACGGCACCCUGAAGGAGGUACUGCGAGUGCUCAGACCUGGAGGCGCUUUUUAUUUCUUGGAGCACGUGGCCGCUGAUCAUUCCAGCUGGAAGUAUUUUUGGCAGCAGAUCUGCCAUCCGACUUGGAAACUCGUCUUUGCUGGAUGCUGCCUAACGAGAGAGAUAUGGAAGAAUCUCGAACAGGCCAACUUCUCGGAGCUGAACUUAAAACACAUAAGCGUAGCGCUGCCCUGGACGCCCAUUCAGCCCCACAUCAUCGGGUACGCCGUGAAGUAACCCACCGCCCCGCCAGGCCCUCUCCCCUGCCCCACAGAAAUUCCUUGACAUAAUCAACGCAAACCACGCGGCAUAGGCUAAUCCUGACAUCUGAAUUUAGGUAACGCGGUGAAGGACUUCAAUUAAAGUUCCUGGUUUAAGCACCAAAAGAGAAGAGAGGGUCAGUUUUCUAAACGUCUUUAAAGGCCUUGCGCUGCCGACCGUGCCUCGCCGGACCCCAGCGCAGCCCACGGAGGAGCCCAGGAGGAGGCUGCGGGAGGCAAACCAGCCCAGCAGGCAGAAAUAAUAUUGCAUUAACUCAAGGGAAGUUCUGCCUAUGCCUGGCUGACACUGGGAAGCGAUUCCUUCGGGUGCUCCCCACCCCAGGAAGCAGCCGGGGCCCAGUGAGCCCUUGUUCGCCGGCACCGGGCUCGACCCGCUCCCCUCUCCCCACGCUCUGUCACAGCUGUUCACGUUCCAGCCUCACAGAACAAGCAGUCCGAUGCAAACCCUUCACAUCUUACAUCUACCCUUAACGUCUAACUUUUGCUCGGCUAGAAUUUAUUUACAAAAGACGGGGGUGGGGAGGGGAGGAGAGGCACACGCCCUGCCUCCCCACGUUACACUUACCAAAGCCUCUCGGGCACUUGGCUGGCUGCCUGCCUGCCCCUGCGCGGUAAUCGGUUCUAACACUGUUCGCCACCGGAGCAUUAAAAGACUCGUGUUUAACGUUUAA